AUGUGGCCGACUCCCAAGGUUGCCUUCCUUCUUCUUUGGGCGCACGCGCUGCUCGUCAAGGGCUCGCCGCUCGCCGCCGACGCCGAAGUUCUCGGCAAGCGCGCGUGCCCCGACAUCCACGUCUUCGGCGCCCGCGAGACCACGGCCCCGCCCGGCUACGGCACGGCCGGCACUGUCGUCAACCUGAUCCUGCAGGCCUACCCUGGCGCCACCGCCGAGGCCAUCAACUACCCUGCCUGCGGCGGCCAGGCGAGCUGUGGCGGCGUGCAGUACGGCGACUCGGCGAGACAGGGCACCGCUGCCGUCGCGACGGCCGUCAACAACUUCUACCAGCAGUGCCCCACGACCCAGCUUGUGCUGGUCGGCUACUCCCAGGGCGCUCAAAUCAUGGAUAACGCCGUCUGCGGCGGCCCCGACAACGGGGCCGGCAUCACCACCACAGCCUCGCCCAUCUCCGCCGGCGCGCUGGCCCAGAUCAAGGCCGUCAUCGAGAUGGGCUCGCCGCGCUUCGUCGCCGGCCUGCCCUACGACGUCGGCACCUGCACCGCUCAGGGCUUCGACGCCCGCCCGAGCGGCUACGUCUGCGGCGGCAACCAGGGCUCCAAGAUCCAGUCGUACUGCGACUCGACGGACCCGUACUGCUGCACCGGCAACGACGCCAACUCGCACCAGCAGUACGCCAACAAGUACGGCCAGCAGGCGCUGGCCUUCAUCGAGAGCAAGCUCGGCUCCAGCUCGUCCGGCGGCAGCGGCGGCUCGACUGGUGGCAGCGGCGGCUCGACUGGUGGCAGCUGCUCGGCGCUUUGGGGCCAGUGCGGCGGGCAAGGGUGGACCGGCCCAACCUGCUGCUCUCAGGGCACUUGCAAGGCGCAGAACCAGUGGUACUCGCAGUGCCUGAACUAA